UCUAUGGUAUUUUUAGAUUGUUUUUAUUUUAUAGUGAUUUUACAAUUUUGUUUUCUAACCCUAAAUAUACCAAUUACUGAAAAUUGAAAAAUAUUUAACUUCAGGCUAAAUACUUAUUAUUAUGGAUCACACAAGCAUUUGGAACUUUCUUGAUGACAGCGAUUUGAGUCAAUAUAGUUUGAUAUUACCAAGUGUUGCUGUUGGAAAUGUUGGGCAGUUGGCCUGUGACUUGCUAAUUUCAUCGUUAAAUAUGAAAAAAAUUGCAUCGGUUUAUAGCUCAGCUGUCAUACCCGUAUUAGGAUAUGAUCCUUACAAUUUGCAUUCAACCAGUAUAUCAAACAGUUGUGAGAUUUAUAAGUGUGAAAUAAGAAAUAUUGUUGUUUUGCAGUUAAGAGCCCCACUUGUUUACAAAAGUGCACGAAAGUUUCUAGAAGAAGUUGUAAGGAAAUUCAAAGAGAAGAGCAUAAAAGAUUUUAUUAUAUUAACAAGUAGUUUUGCUCAUGAAAAUAAACACAUAUCUACCUCACCAUUUAGAUAUGUGUCUAGUGACUCAUGUUCACAUAAGAAAAAAAUGUUGGACUUGAAUUGGAUAGAACAUAAAUGUGUUGAUACAUUAAAGAUAUAUGGUGGAGGAUUUGCUUCCUUGCUGUAUGAAGUCUGUCAAGAAAACUAUAUUCCCUGCUUCAUUUUAUACAAGUAUUGUUCAGAAGGAGACAAUAUUCCUGAUGCUUAUGACAUGAUCAGUCAGUUGUCAAGUAUUGUAACAUUAUUUUCAGAGAAAUCAGAUUUAUUGUCACAAAUGGUGCAGCCAGUUUCUUGGAAACUUUUGUUUGGCAGGCCACCACCAAGAGAUAUUUAUUAAAAUUGUUAACGUUAA